AUGCUUUGCCUCUUUUGCAAAUUGGCGAUUGCUCAGAUUAAAUCCUUCUCGACUUCAUCAGUCGAAGAGAAGGUUGAAGUUUUGAAGAAACAAACUGAUAGUUCUGGCGAGUUGAAUAAUAAUACCCUUGUAGAAUACAACCCUGACAGCGGAAGGUGCAACCCUUUUGUAUUGGAAGGAAGAAGUGAGUGUGAGUCUGCGUCAAUUAUGGAUUUUCCAUCCAAGGGUCAGGAUAUUUUGCAUGAUAGAAGUGAAUCUACCUCAGUUAUGGAUUUUCACCAUCAGAUGAUCUUUGUGCCUAUUGGAUAUACAUUUGGAGCUUGCAUGUUUGAAAUGGAGAAAGUUAAGGUGGAAGCCCUUUAUGAUGCUGGGACUUUUGCUGGGGACAGUUCACGCCAGCCAUAUGAGAUUGAAAACGAGCAAGCGUUUCACCAGGGAAAGUACAUUGCCACCAUUGCCAACAAACUCAACGGAGCUGCUUGA